GGAGGUCACUGAGGUCGAGGAAGUGGGUACAGGAAGCUCGGUGUUAGGUCAAGAGAUAGGACCGAGACAGACUUUAACAGUGCAGACACUGAACACGGUUAUCGGCUUUACACUACACCUAGAACUUGUGAGCUUCUGUAUAAAGUCUGCUGCGAAAGUCUAUUGUUGGGAAUUUCAGUUUAGACAAGUGGUUGUGUAAGUGAUCACUGGUAAAUCCUGCGUUUGUUAUACCUACAAUUUCACAGUUUGGUUACGUCCCUCAUCAUGUUGCAUUUUGUGAGUAGAAAAGUUGGUAGUGGAUCUUUAGGCACGCCAGCAAGAAUCGGAGGAAAUGUUUUAAUCCAGUGUUUUUGUAGAAAGAUUACCACUUCUUCACGCAGGCAGACAGUAAUGCCAGCCUGGGUGAUAGAUAAGUAUGGGAAUAACAGUAUGCUGCGUUUGACAAAAAAUUCUCCCUUUCCAAUCAUACACUACCCCAAUGAAGUUAUAAUAAAAGUUCAUGCUUGCAGCUUAAAUCCUAUUGACAUUUUCAUGAGAAAUGGUUAUGGUGCUACUGCGCUAAGAGUGAAACGUGACCCCUUACAUUUAAAAUCUACUGGGAGUGAAUUUCCUUUGAUUUUGGGUCGUGAUGUCUCUGGUGUCAUCAUGGAAACUGGACUGGAUGUAUCUUAUUUUAAACCUGGAGAUCAGGUGUGGGCAGCUGUUCCGCCCUGGAAACAGGGAACGCUGGCAGAAUUUGUGGUAGCAAGUGCAAAUGAGGUGUCCCAUAAGCCAAAAGCUCUCGGUCACAGUGAAGCUGCAGCUUUACCCUACGUGGCUCUGACAACGUGGUCGGCCCUGGUGAAUACUGGAGGACUGAACAAAGAUAACUGCAGAGGGAAACGGGUUUUGAUCCUUGGAGGAUCAGGAGGAAUUGGUACCUUUGCUACUCAGCUUUUGAAAGCCUGGGGAGCCCAUGUGACCACUACCUGCUCAGCAGAUGCUUUCUCACUCUUAAAAGAUUUGGGUGCCGAUCACAUCAUUGACUAUAGAGCUCGGAGUGUGGAGGAGCAGCUCAAGGAUCUGGAACCGUUUGACUUUAUCUUGGAUAAUCUGGGUGGACAGACAGAGCAGUGGGCACUGAACCUGCUGAAGCCAUGGUCAGGAGCUACGUACGUAACACUGGUGACGCCAUUAAUGCUCAAUAUGGAUCGACUUGGAGUCGCUGAUGGAAUGUUUCGCUCAGGGGCCACCAUAGGCAGCAAGGUUCUAAAGCAUCUGAGCAAAGGUGUUCACUAUCGCUGGGCUUUUUUUGCCCCGAGUGGCCCAACUCUGGACAAAAUAACAGAGCUUGUAGAGAAGAGAAAGAUCCGACCAGUUGUUGAGCAGCUCUUCGCAUUUUCUGCAGUACCCCAGGCUUUCCUGAAAAUGGAAGGAGGUCAUGCACGAGGGAAGACUGUAAUCAACAGGAGUGGAGAAUGAAUUAUUUUAUUUUGCAGCUUUUGCAUAAGCAUUUCAAAACAACAAACACAGUAGUACUGUCGCUGAUCGUAGCAACUAUGUACUGUACAGUGAAAUGGAAAUAAAAUAUUGUCUGUUUUUCAUUUACCAAAAUAACUCUAAAUAAGAUGGUUAUACAAGUAUUUAUCCGAGUUUACGGCACAAACAAGUGUUGAAAUAGUUGAGUUGAUAAAAAUGAGGAAGAGGAUAAUAAAGGUAAAGUACCAUCAUACCCAAUAUUAAAGAUAA